AGAACAGCACUGCCAAGGGUAACACAACCCGGAAGCUCACACCUGACACAUGGUGGGGGAAGACAAAGUGAGCUGCACUACCGGAAGCACAUGGAGAAAGGAGGAUCAAGAACCGGAAGUGGAGAAGAGUGUGACAGGGGAGCUGGUACAGUUGCUGCCAUGGAUCCUAAGCCAGAAGAGGAAGAUGAAACCAUGGACCAGUUUAUGGAAAAAUUUGGCAAACACAAAUACAAGGGGGCCUUUAAUGAAGAACGAUGGGAGGAGGAAUUUGAUAAGGUUCCCAUGUUCAUGAAGAAAGCUCCUGAUGAAGUCAAAGCAGAGAACAUCCCGGAGCUGGCUUGUCUGCAGUCAAUUUUGACUGAUGAUCCUGAAGAACUGGCCAGCUCCUGCAAAGAAGAAGGCAAUGACUAUUUUAAGGAGAAGAAUUACAAGAAAGCCAUUGAGGCAUAUACAGAGGGCAUCAAGAAAAACAGCAAAGACCAGGAGCUGAAUGCCGUCCUGUACACCAACAGGGCGGCAGCACAGUUUCAUUUAGGUAACUACCGCUCAUCUCUUAAUGAUGCAGUUGCUGCAAGAAAACAGAAACCAGACCACCUAAAGGCCAUAAUUCGAGGUGUUUUAUGCUACAUAGAAAUAAAGAAUUAUUUAGAAGCUUUGAAGUUGUGCGAUGAAGGUUUACGGAUCAAUCCAACUGAGAAAAAGCUGCUGGAAACUAGAACAAAGGCAGAUAAACUGCAGAGGGCAGCAGACAGAGAUGCCAGGAAAAUGAAACAGAAUGAAAAGAAGAAACAGAUGGAAAAUAACUCUCUGCUCAAUGCCAUUAAGUCUCGAGGGAUAAGGUUGCAAGAACAAAGAAGCAAUGAUGAAGAGACGACUUAUAGCUUUACCUCCUCGGAAAAUGCAACUGGAGCUCAGGUGUUUAUGAAUGAGAAUGGGCAUCUUAGCUGGCCGGUGUUGUUUUUUUAUCCAGAGCACAGUCAGACAGACUUUAUCUCUGCAUUUCUUGAGGACUCCAGGUUUCAUGAUCAUCUAACAUCAAUGUUCUCUGAGGAUUUCCCCCCGUGGGACACAGAAAGGAAAUACCUUGCUCCAAAUCUAGAGGUUUACUUUGAGGAUGAAGACUCUGAAUGUUUCUACCAGGUGGAUCCAGACAGCACCUUGCUGGAAACCAUGCAGCACAGCAGAUUUCGUGUAAAAGCUGGAACUCCAUCAUUUUUAAUAUUUGUGAAGCAAUCUCCCUUCUGCAGGAAAUACUUUUCAGAUAAGAAAUUACAGAGGAUAUGCUGAUAUUUUAUAGAUAAACUAUGUGAACUUUGACCUGGACGUAAUGUGUGUCACGCUGGCUUUAUUUUUAAUUGCUAUUUGAUUUGCUAUCAUGGACACUGCAGUGCUCCUUGGGAAAUCUUGGCUUAACAUUCAGCCUCAGUGGGUGCACCUCCUGUACAUUAAAAAUAAAGUACAUUUUUGAUACAAAGGUUGUGCUUGGCCACAAAAAAUAUUUCUCUUUAAGCUGACAGUGAAUAUACUGUAUCAGCACGCUCAGCUCUUCCAUGUGUACAGAAGCUGUGACCAGCAGCUUUUUAUCUCUGAUCUGAGACAAGAGAACAGUGGAGGAUUUUCUGAACGUUUCCAGCUAUAUUGGUUCAGUUUUCCUUCAACAUUGGUGUGCUGACAGUAUCUGUUAUGGCCAUUUAUUUCAUUAGACUCCUGAUCGUGAAACUGAACUGGGAGAGCUAUGGAAUAAAAGGCAACAGUACCCAAAUCCUUUGA